AAACCCCACGAUGACAUGGGGAGAGCGUGCAAACUCCACACACAUGUGACCCAGGCGGAGACUCGAACCCAGGUUAUUUCCUCCAUCUUCUAGAGAAAUGGUGAACUGAGAAAAGCAGGUUGAGAUUUCUGCUGCAAGCAUGACCAGACUGGCCACUAGGGGGCGCACAAUAGGCAGCACAGAGCUGAGAUGGAUCGAUACAAGGAGAGAGUGAAACGGAAGGAGAGGGAAAGGGAGAAGGAGGGAGGGCCGAGGGAUAUAGCCAGAGUGAGAGUGAGAUGCUCACAUCCCUUAGUUCCUCAUUUCACCAGAGACAGGCGGCGAAAUGGGAGUCUAGACUUCAGCCGGUGAAGCAACAGAGACAUAGAAGCCUUUCGGCAUCUUAGCGCCGCAGCAGCUCUUACAGCAGGAGGCUGGCAGGCUGGUGGAGGAGGGGAGGGGGAAGCUGGGCAAGGAAGCAGCUACGAAAACCCAGUGAGAAUCUGCAACAUCAUCUGCUCGUUUGUCAGAGCUCAGCAUAGAACUGUUAGGAAGGUUGCUCACCUGAUUGCCACCAUCACCAUGUCCCAGAAGUGCUAUUGGCUCCCUCUGCUGGUGAUGUUACUGGCUGAGACUCCUGUGCUCUGCGGACCAGCAUAUGAGGGCCAGCUGGUGAGGACGACCAGAGUGAGGCGGCAGGCCUCAGAAACGGACACCCCCGUGAGCAAUGACACCAUGAGGGAGCAGCCUUUUGUCUUCAACCACAUUUACAACAUCAAUGUCCCACUGGAAUCCCUUUGCUCCGUGGACCUGGACUCUGCCACCGGCCAGGAGGCUAAAGCAGACACUGAUGUGUCCCCAACUGAGUAUGUGGUUCAGACGGCCGACGUAGACAGUCAGGUGACCUUCACACAUCGUAUCAACAUCCCCAAGCAGGCCUGUGCGUGUCCAGCAGCCAACACAAUCCAGCAACUUGUCAGUCGAAUUGAGAUCCUGGAGAGGGAAGUGUCCCUGUUACGAGCCCAUUGUGAGUCCAGCUGCUGUGGAGAGAGUGCGGCUGAAGGCCGACUGGACUUUAUUCCCCACUGCAGUGGACAUGGACGCUUCAGCUUGGACGUGUGUGGGUGCGUUUGUGAGGACGGCUGGACCGGCAGGAACUGCUCAGAGGCACGAUGCCCGGGUGACUGCUCAGGCCAGGGCAUGUGCGUGGAGGGAGAGUGUGUGUGUGACAGCGACUUCACUGGUGAGAACUGCUCAGAGGCUCGCUGUCCCAGCGACUGCUCUGGCCGGGGGCUGUGCAUCGACGGGGAGUGCGUGUGUGAGGAGGCCUACACUGGGGAGGACUGCUCCCUGGGGCGCUGCCUCAAUGACUGCUCUGACCGGGGGCUCUGCAUCAACGGCACAUGUCGGUGCAGCCCGGGCUACACUGGGGAGGACUGCAGGCUGACUGCCUGUUCCAACAACUGCAGCCAGAAGGGCAACUGCAGCCUGGGCAUGUGCAGCUGUCAGGAGGGCUUUGCUGGAGAUGACUGCUCCUCAGUGGCUCCGCCCCUGAACCUGCAUGUUCUGGACAUAACGGAGCGCAGCAUCCAGCUAGGCUGGGAGGGCUCAGCGGCCUCCACAGACUACCGAAUCACCUAUGUGGCCACCAGUCCUGGCGGAGUCCAGCAGGAAAUGCGAGUGCCUGGAAGUCAGAGCAGAUGCACCAUCACUGAGCUGGAGCCCGGAAUGGAGUACGGCAUCAGCGUCUAUGCCACACUCAACAGCAAAGCCAGCCCGCCGGUCAGCACUCAGGUGUCCACUUAUCUGUCCAGUCCAGAAGGUUUAGUCUUCAGAUCCAUCACAGAGACAUCAGUACAGGUGCAAUGGGAGCCGUUCUCCUACGCUUUUGAUGGUUGGGAAAUAAGUUUCACCCCCAAGGACAAUGAGGGCGGCAUGACAGCCCAGCUACCCAGUACUGUCACUUCCUUCAAUCAAACAGGCCUCAGGCCCGGGGAGGAGUACGCAGUCAACCUGGUGGCCCUGAAGGAACUGGGCCGGAGCCAGCCGCUGACCGUCACCGUCACAACAUUGAUUGACGGACCCACUCUACUCACGGUACGAGACACAUCUGACACAGUGGCGUUUGUCGAGUGGCUUCCGCCAAAGGCCAAGGUGGACCAGCUGCUCCUGCGCUAUGGGUUGCAGGGCAGGGAUGGACCUAAGACCACCUUCCGACUUCAGCCGACUCAGAGCCAGUACUCACUCCAGGUUCUGCGGCCUGGGUCACGGUAUGAAGUAUCAGUGAGUGGGAUCCGGAAUGGCAAUGAGAGCAAGGCUGUCUACACCUGGUUCACAACUGAGAUUGAUGCCCCAAAAAACCCCAGGGUGUUGUCAAGGACGUCCACGGCGCUGGAGCUGGAGUGGGACAACAGUGAGGCAGAGGUGGAGGCUUAUCAUGUCGUCUACAGCACUUUGGCGGGGGAUCAGUACGACACUGUCAUUGUCGCCCCCGGUGACGGUCCAACCAGCAAGACAACACUUACUGACUUGGUGCCAGGCACAGAGUACGGCAUUGGGAUCUCAGCCGUUCUUGAGGGAAAUCAGAGUUCCCCAGCAACAGUAAAUGCCAGAACAGGCUUGGAUGCCCCCCCAGACCUAACAGUGACAGCCUCCACAGACAACAGCAUAUCUCUGCUCUGGGCUCCAGUUCGGGGCCCGCUUGACCACUACAGAGUGUCCUACACCUCCUCUGCAGGGGAGACCAAAGAGAUGACUGUGCCCAAUGGCCUCAACAAGGCAGUGCUGACUGAUCUGGAGCCUGGCACAGAAUACACCAUCACUGUGAGCACUCAACGUGGCCGGCAGCAGAGCACAGCAGCCAGCAUUGACGCCUUCACAGGUUUUCGUCCUGUGACGCUGCUCUACUUCUCAGACGUCACCUCCUCCUCAGUGACUGUGGCUUGGAAUGCCCCCGCCCCGCCAGCCGACAUGUUCAUCUUGAAUUACACCCCGCAGGACAGUGAAGACACCCUUGUGGUCACUCUGGAGGGCUUUAAGACCCAAGCCAUCGUCAGCGGCUUGCAUCCUUCUACCCUGUACACGAUCACUCUAAUCACUCAGCAAGGCAACAUGACCUCUGAACCAGUCACUGGCCUGGUCAUCACAGGUAUGGACCCCCCCAGGGAAGUGACCGUGACUUCAGUCACUGAGGACUCGGUAACAAUAUCCUGGACAGAGCCUCUUGCUCCUUUUGGUUAUUACAAGAUGUCUUACGAGUCGUCCAGAGGAAGGGUGGACAAUGUGCAGAUUGAUAGCAGUGUGACCAACUACACCCUGGACAGCCUGCACCCUGCGACAGAGUACGCGGUCAAGCUGAGCACGGUGCGCGGCGCCCAGGAGAGCGACACCGUCACUACCCGAGUCUUCACAGCUAUGGAUGUACCCCUGGAUCUGAUUGCCCUGAACAUCACCCCUCAGGGGGCCCUCCUCAGGUGGACUCCUCCUCUCGCCAAUGUAGAUGUCUACAUUCUAACCCUAACUUAUAACCAAGUGACUGCAGACACCAUUGUGGUAGAUGGCAGCAAACACGAGUACCUGCUGAGCAAACUCACCCCCAGCACCACCUACUCUGUCACCAUCUAUGCCACCAAGGGCCCUUUGACAAGUGGCACCAUCAUCACCAACUUUGCCACACCCAUGGAUGCGCCCUGGAACCUGACAGCCAGCGAGGUGAACCACCACAGUGCCCUCGUGUCCUGGGAGCCGCCACUUACGCCCAUUGACAACUACAUGCUAACCUACCGGGCGACUGACGGCGCACGCAAGGAGCUGAUCUUAGAUGCUGAGGACACCUGGAUUCGCUUAGAGGGUCUCGCUGAAACGACAGAGUACAUAGUGUGGCUGCAGGCAGCUCGCGGCAUGGAAACCAGCGCCAUUGUCUCCACCACCUUCACCACAGGCAACAGGCUGUUCAGCAUGCCACAGAACUGUGCACAGCACCUGCUGAACGGGGAGUCCGUCAGUGGCCUUUAUACCAUCUACCUGAACCGGGAUCCUGGACAGAGUGUGCAGGUUUACUGUGACAUGACCACAGAUGGAGGGGGCUGGAUUGUUGUCCAGCGGCGUCAGAAUGGCCUGACCGACUUCUCUCGAAAGUGGAGUGAUUACAGAAGUGGUUUUGGGAACUUGGAAGAUGAGUUCUGGCUGGGUCUGGAGAACAUCCACAAGAUCACAUCGCAGGGCCACUACGAGCUCAGGAUUGACAUGAAGGAUGGGCAGGAAUCAGUGUACGCCAACUACGACAGGUUUUCCAUUGGGGACUCCAGAAACCAGUACAAGCUACGCAUCGGAGAGUACAAUGGCACUGCAGGGGAUUCCCUAGGCUACCACCAGGGCCGUCCCUUCUCCACUAAGGACAGAGACAAUGAUGUUGCUGUCACCAACUGUGCUCUGUCCUACAAAGGGGCCUGGUGGUAUAAGAACUGCCACCGAGCCAACCUGAAUGGCAAAUACGGCGAGUCCAGGCACAGCCAGGGCAUCAACUGGUUCCACUGGAAGGGCCAUGAGUUCUCCAUUCCAUUUGUGGAGAUGAAGAUUCGACCUUUCAACUACCGCAGCAUAAGUGGAAAGAGGAAGCGGUCGACUGCACUAUAACCCACUCCUCCCUCACUAAGACAUUCCUAUUUUAGGAAAAGGCGAGAUGGAGGCAUGUCAGUUAUGUAAUUAGGGAGAGAUGAUUGUCCUAUGAACAUCCUGAAGACAGGGGGUGCAGCAGGUGCUUGUCACACUGCUUUAUUCUUCAGCUGCAUUGCAGUGGUGUGGAAGGACAGCCAGUGAGUGUCUAUACGUACCCAGGUGCUGCUUAGAGCCAGGCCCACGUCACUUCUUCUCUUCUAUCGAGAAUUUUAACAAAGCAGUAUGCACCCUAAAAUGACUGACAUUUCUAUUUUUGUAACAAAAAUACUCUACCCAGUCCUGCUGUUUUUCCAUGUUAAUGCUACUACUUUUAUGUUAAUGUUACUUGCCUGUUAACCAUGUGCUAUCCCUGACUGGAAUUAGAUUUGCAGGGAUGGGAAAAGACCUGGGAAUUGCUUGAUAAUUAUUGGCAUGCGAUAUCACUCUUCUGUACUUACCAACACAGUAACAAAUGCAAAUUAUGAUGAGGUCUUCUUUAUAAAUAGAUUUUGAAUUAAUGUGUUGAAACAACAUUUGAAAAGAUAUUUCAAAAACAUUACCCAAGUGCAUCCCGAUAAAAUGAAGACACUGUAAAAAUAUAAAUAUCUCACACACAGUGUCGUGAGGAGCUGAUUUCAGCAUGAACCAGCCCCAGAAACAGAUUCAGUGACCAUUUCAUUAAUUGAUACUGAUGCAUCUAAUGAACACUGGAAUCUCAAAGUACUUUGGGCUAAAGGUAACAGCAAGUUUUCUUUCAUCCUCUAGAAUUGAUCAUUUUAAGCUUUUCUUUUGUGAUGUCCUUAAAGAUGCCACCUUCUCGUUACUUUUGUUAUUUUUCUAAUUACUUAUCUGCUUUGGCUUCACAGCUUUUUAAGGAAGUGGCUUUUAACGCAAAGACAUCCAAACACAAUGCUUCUAUGAAAAAGUCAACACCUUGGGUAAUUAAUGUAAAAUAAUUUCCUUUAGUGCUGAGCGAUAAAGAACAAAAUGUAGUCUUCUGCACUAACCUAAUAUUAUGUAAUAACUUAUGUGAGUCCUAUAUAUAUUACUGUUGUAGUAAUAUAGGUCGUUCAGGUAAUAUUUAUAUCCAUUAGACGGUGACUGUGGGCCUGGAGUCUUCACAGGCCAUGAGGUGGUGGACAUCCUGGAUGAGAUGCCAGUCCACACCAGGGUACACGCAAUAUGGGUGAUUACAGUUACAAGUUCACUGAAGAACAGCAAACCUGCACAGACACUGGGAGAACAUACAAACUGCAUACACACAGCAUCAGAAGCAGCAUUUGAACCCAUGUCCCUGCAGGUGCGAGGUUACAGUGCUAAAUAUGUGAUCGGAAUCCAUCCAGCCAUCUUCCACCUGCUUGUCCUUGUUCGGGUCACGGGGCGUGGAGUCCAUCCCAGGCAGCACAGUGCAAAUCCUUUGCAUGACCCUACACUACUACACCUCUGGGGUUUAUUGGAUAAUCUAAUAUAUCUUUAUUUACUCAAUUAUUAGUGUCAUAAUGUUAAUUUAUUGUAACUGAAAUUAAAUCAAUAAUGGUAUUCUAGGAGGAUGUGAAGAAAAUCGGUAAUGACAAUGAAAAUCAUGAUGAAAAUGAAAGGAAAUUAGUAAAGUGCCACAAGGCAUAGAUUAAGCAUUUUCAUAUUAAUGUAUGUUCCAGUCACACUAACCAGAAUAUGUGUUUAGUUGGAUGGAUGGAUGGAUGGAUGGAUGGAUGGAUGGAUGGAUGGAUGGGUGGCUGGAUGGAUGGAUGGAUGGAUGGGUGGCUGGGUGGAUGGGUGGCUGGAUGGAUGGAUGGAUGGGUCAUAUUUCAUAUGAAUGGUUCAUUUCAAAAUGAAUAUCAAACCACACCUCACCACUCCUGACUGAGAACUUUUUCUGGUCAUGGUAGACUUCACAUUAUUUCACAUUAUUUUUACUAUUUAUUUAAAAAAAUCAAGAGAAUGUGAAAUUCACAGAGCUCUGCUGUUUUCAUAGUUGUACAUGAAAAUAUUAAUAUCUUUCCUAGGGCCCCGUUAACAUUAAUGAUUUAUGCUGUAAUAUUUGUGUUUAUAACAUUAUGAUCUAUUUAAGAAUACAUUUUCUGCAGAUAUGCUUCCCAGACUCUUGAGAUUUCUGCAAUUGUCCUGUUGAUUGUUUUGCCAAAAUGUACGGAUUGGUUGAAAACCUGCUGCCAUAGAAAGUGUGUGAUACCUGAUGUUGUACUGACACAUGUUUAUGUUAAUGUACUGGUAUGUUUCUUGAGCAAGUUCUGAUCAUAUGACCAUGUCAAAAUCUGCCAGAAGCAAUAUGAAAAGUGAGCACCAUCAGACCCACUGUCUCACGUCAUACAAAUGGUUGUACCUAGAAAAUAUUUGAAGGGUAUUUCAAAAUCAUCAUUUAUUAGCACCAAAAACAAAACUGGACGUCCUGAAACCCAGGCUGUGCAGGUUAACAAAGCACUGCUCUAUACAGGCAAGGAGAACAGCACUGUCUCCUCAUUAACUGUCACAGGGAGCAGAGCUCUCAGGAUGCAGGACAGACGUUCUGUUUGUGCACAAUAUACACCAGCUUUUACCAACAGUGCAAUAACAGUACGUCUCCCUCUCACAAUGACCUCUACAUAAUGAUGGUAACUAAUAAUACAAUAUUAACUGUCAACUUCUUAAUCUAUGACGUACUAACCCUGUAUGUCUGAUAUCUGCAUAUUUUUUAUUUGCAAUGUGCACGGUAACACUUCAGUUUUAGCUCUCAUCUAUAUCUAUAAUGCGUUACAGAUACCUUCAUGUUGCAUUAUAAUGACUGGUAUAAGAAUUAAUAAAGCAUACAGUGUCAUCUAUUGACAGUCAUAAAGCAUUAUAGUGUUGAUUAUAAUACUUCAUAAGCUCCAGUAAAGCUCACAUAUAUAAUGCACUAUAGAUACCCUUAUAAUGAUCGAUAUAAGCAUUAAGGAUGCUUUGUGCUACAUAAUUAAGGUAUCUAAAGCGCAUUAUAGAUGAAAAAUUCAUAAUGUAUUUGUAAUGCAUAACAGACAUGUCUAUAAUGUAUUAUGCCUUUUUAUAAAUAUUUAUAACCAUGUUUAUAAUGCCUUAUAAAAGCAUUACAAUGUGUCAUGAAUGUGUUCAUAGAUUCUUAUAGACAUGCAUAGAAAGUGUUACCACAUGCACAAUGUUUGUGUAAAGCGUCGAUCCAGGCUUGCAGGCAGUGGUUUAUUUUAUUUAUUGGCACGAGUACAGACUGUAUUGCUUUAAUCUUUAUUGUUUCUUUAUUUGUUUUGUUCAACUGAUGUUGACUCCCUGUCCUUGCCAACCAAAACACUGUAAACAUCUCGCUGUUUUUUUUAUCCAUGUUUUAAACUUAUGAGGAGCUGAAGAAAAGCAACCAAAUGGAUCCAGGACUGAGAGCAUGGACAGAGAUGGGAGCCCUGCUUUGUGGCCGUCCUGCAGGCACUGUGUCUGUAAGGUCUCUGACGACAGGCAUGAUGUCAGCACUUGUGGCAUAACUGAUAUUAAUGUUAACCAUCAGAUUAGCUGAGCUGUAGAUUAGCACCUGUAUUUUAUGGCUCUUUUUAAAAUACAUUUUCUACAUAUUAAUAAAAUGUUCAUAUUGAUGAA